AUGAAGACCCCAUCUCCCAAUGCAAAGCGUGGCUUUGACAAAUUUUUUGCGUCUACUGAGGGGCAUGAAGACCUCUGUCAAAGGCUAGACGCCGCAAUAAGGCAACAACAAGAGGCCACUCCAGAGCCUUCCUCGGACCACGAAUCUCUCGAGGAGGAUCAUAGGUGGCAGUGUACUAUCCUACAUGAGCACUUCGGAUCGUCCGAUAUUGAUAAAAUGCGGAAUGCCAUCUGGCAACCUGACUACUGGAAGAUUGAAUGCCAGCACUACGCGAACGUACUCAAUCAGUUCCUCCUUCGCGACACAGACGGCACGGCCACAGCUCAACGAUGGCGAACAGCUGCCUCAAUGUACAAAGAUCUUCUCCGGCUUAACGGGUUGUCUAUAGACGAUAUAAGGCUCAUUCGACACUCGAUAGAGAGCCAAAAGUAUUGGGAGAAGGAAAAAGACGUUCUCCAGCAGCAAGUUGCCCUUCGAGAACACGAAAUGCACGAGGCCGCUUGUGCAAGGAAGAAGGAUAUUCAGCGGCAACGUCGGGAGCGAGUACGACGACGCCUUCGGGCAAUAGAAGAAGAAGAAACGUCGCCGCCUCCGAACCCAAAACAAGCGUUGCGACUCGACAGCAUCGCUACCAGAACAAGAUUACGAUCACGAUCAAUUUGA